AUGGCGGUCCUUAACCUACCUGAAGAAAUCGAAUUGGACAUACUCUCCAGGCUUCCUGUUAAAUCUCUUCUGCAAUUCAGUCUCCCUCUCAAUCCAGUAGACUCUGCCCUUGGCAACAACAACCCUAAUUUCACUCCCCAGUCAAUAGACUAUGAAUCACUACUUGACAGUAACAACAAGAACGAGAAUAUUAAUGUUGAUAAUAAUGCACUAGUAGAGUUAAAUUGCCCACUAUGGAGUUGUCAAGUUGGCCAUAAAACCUAUGCAUUUGGUUCUUGCAAUGGUUUGAUAUGUUACGUUGUUGAUGCCUUCAAAUUUAUAUUGUACAACCCUUCCACUAGAGUCUGCAAGGAAUUGCCAGAACCACCCAUGACUUCUCCACUAUCUUGGAUUGAUUGUCAUUAUGGGUUUGCUUUUGACUCCUUCGAUGAUGAUUACAAGCUAGUUUUGGGAACUAACGUUUCCAAUUCCUGUGAAAGUAUUAGAUUCCAUGUGUUCAGUCUUAGACACAAUUCUUGGAGAAGAAUACAAGACCUGAGUUCCGGUCAUUUGGGGACAUUCACAAUGUGUGGUUAUGGAAUUUUCGUGAAUGGAGCCCUUCAUUGGCUACUGAUACCCGCAGGCGCUGGUUCUGUACAACGUCCCCGGGUACUUGUUUCUCUUGAUUUAUCAAAGGAGGCUAGUCGAACUGGGGUUGAGAUGUGGUUGAUGAAGGAAUAUGGCGUGAAGGCGUCUUGGAGUAAGUUUAUCACCAUCCCAAUCCUAUGUGACAGGGGCACCUUUACCGAGGUGACACCGUUAUGUUUCUUGAGGAACCGUGAACUGCUACUGAAUAUUUAUCAAAGGCCUCACUACUUUGAUCAGACAAGCUUAGCAUCGUACAGUACUACAGAAAAUUCACUUACGAAAAUUUGUAAUUGUCCCUAUUUUUCAACAGCAGUUUUGUCCGUGGAGAGUCUGGUUCCACCCAGCAGCUUUGAUUGA